AGUUGCAUCCUUAAGGGAUCUGUAAAAAUAAAAUGGCCAACUCUAGAAUUUACAUUAGUUUUCCGAGUUUUGGACAAUUUCAAGUCCCAACAACAUACAGAUUUGACCGGGAAUGGAACAAUACUUUUCUCAAUGAAAGAGUGUUCUAACUGUGCUCUCUCAAAUUUAACAGGACUUGAUCUUAUAGCAUCUGAGAUACCAUCUUUCAAAUUUAACCCAUUCCUUCCGUGUAGAAUGGAUGGUUGUUUGGAAGAUUCACCUCAAAUGUUUAAAUUAAAGCGUGCCCCGAACACCUGGGACCAAAUGUUUGAAUUAGAACACAAAACAUGCACUGCUAACAUAGUAAUACAAAGUAAUACAAAGAAGAUAUGUUUCCAUCAAGCAAAUCUGAAGAAAAGAGAUUGGGUUCCCUGUAGACGAGCUACAAAUGAAUAUCUGCCAAUGUUUAUACAUAUUGAUUCUUUUUUCACUUUGGUUAUUAAAUGUGAUGACCUCCAGGGAUGGUGGUGUUUACCUCAGGAUUUACAAAAAUUUGAAAAGCUGACAAUAUCAUGGGAGCUAGGAUAUUUCCUCCAUGGUUCCGUUACAGAAGAGCUAUGGGUACUCUCCGUAUCCUCAGUCAACAACAGCCAAGCAUGCUCACAACCUAUCGUUUACACUACAUCAUUGUACACUACACUGACACCAGUAAACAUCACUCAGGCUCAUAGGGAUGAUGACAGUGGUUUAUCGACUCCAAGAAUACUAGGGAUAGUGUUUGGUGUAUUGGCAGGUGUCUGCUUAUGUUGUGUAGGUGGAUAUUGCUGCUGCUGCAAGAAGAGAAAAUCACAAGGGACUCCAGAAGCUGUCGCUGAUGAUGUCAGACUGUCAAUGCUUGAAGAACAUAAUGGCAAACAUUAAAUUCAUACUUUGCUACUGAGGUUGUGGCAUACAGUGUUGUUCAUGUCCAUCAUUCUGAAAGCAAACAGUUGUUAAGAAUAUGUCAGUUAUACUAGCAGAUAUUGAUCAGAUUAGUGGAUGAUGGAAUUAGAA